CGAAAAUUAUCAUCAGAGUAUGUGUUCAUAUGCUAUUGUAUUCACAGUAAAUAGUCUGAUGAAGUGAUCAAGUUGAUAAUUGUCCCAAUAAUACUAAAAAUCAUGGAUUAUGAAUUUAAACUAAAAACUGAUACAGAUCGAACAAAGGUCGAAGACCUUUUCGAAUUCGAAGGAUGUAAAGUUGGAAGAGGAACUUACGGGCAUGUCUAUAAAGCUCGCAGAAAGGAAGGAGUACCAGAUAGCGAAUUAAAAUCUCGGCCAGACACAAAGGAUUUUGGCCUUAAACAAAUUGAAGGUACAGGUCUUUCAAUGUCUGCAUGUCGAGAAAUUGCAUUACUUAGGGAACUGAAACAUGUAAAUGUAAUUACAUUAAUUAGAGUUUUUCUAUCACACAUUGAUCGUAAAGUGUGGUUACUAUUUGACUUUGCAGAACAUGAUUUAUGGCAUAUAAUAAAGUUUCAUAGAGCAGCAAAGGCUAAUAAAAAGCCUGUUAUGGUUCCAAAGGGUAUGGUGAAAUCUCUGUUGUAUCAAAUUCUUGAUGGUAUUCAUUAUUUACAUUCCAAUUGGGUGCUUCAUAGAGAUUUGAAACCAGCAAAUAUUUUAGUAAUGGGAGAAGGAAAUGAAAGGGGACGUGUAAAAAUUGCAGACAUGGGUUUUGCUAGAUUAUUCAAUGCUCCUUUAAAGCCCCUUGCAGAUUUAGAUCCAGUUGUAGUAACAUUUUGGUAUAGAGCACCAGAAUUACUUUUAGGUGCUAGACAUUAUACAAAAGCUAUAGAUAUUUGGGCCAUUGGUUGUAUAUUUGCAGAACUUUUAACUUCUGAACCUAUAUUUCACUGUAGACAAGAAGACAUCAAGACUAGUAAUCCAUAUCAUCAUGAUCAAUUAGAUAGGAUAUUCAAUGUGAUGGGAUUUCCCUUGGAAAAGGAUUGGGAAGAUAUUAAAAAAAUGCCAGAACAUCCUACAUUAUUGAAAGACUUUAAACGAUCAAAUUAUGCAAAUUGUUCUCUCACAAAGUAUAUGGACCGACAUAAAAUUAAGCCAGAUAGCAAAGCAUUUAAUUUGCUUCAAAAGUUAUUAAUGAUGGAUCCCAAUAAACGAAUAACAUCUGAACAUUCUAUGCAAGACGCUUACUUCCAAGAAGAACCAUUACCAACGCAAGACAUAUUUGCGGGUUGUCCUAUUCCAUAUCCUAAACGAGAAUUCUUAACGGACGACGAUACAGAGGAAAAGACUGAAAAUAAAGCACGACAAAAUCAACAACAAACCCAACAAAAUCAACAGCAACAAGGAAACGGUGAUCACAAUCACGGGCAAAAUGCAAAACGAGUAAGACUCAACGGUCCUCACGGAGCUCCAGAAUUUCAUCAACAUCAAAGUCACGCGAUGACCCAUCAACAGCCUCCAGGAAUGGUUUAUUCUACUGCUCAACCAACGCAACCGUCAAAUUUCCAUCAACGUUUUUAAACAGUUCAUAUGACGAUCGAAUUCACCGAUUAAACGAUUAAAUUAUUAGUCUACCAAAUUUAAUUGACUUCUGUAUCGAUUGACAGAC